AUGUACCAAACAGGCACGGCAAAGGAUCAAUGGGCCCAACCCGGCUGGAGGAUAGAGCAGAAGUAUUCAAACAAAGUGCUUUUAGGCAACUGGGCGGAAGAAAGACUUCAGUUCACUCGGGAGCCACAGACAGCCAACAGCACCAGUCGUGUAGACCACCGGCUCCACUGGGACUUCAAGCCAGACAUCUCUGAGAGAAGAUCUGCCCUGCUGAGAGCUGAGGGGCUUCCAUCCAAGCUGCUAUUUGCCCACAAUGGCCCACCAUCCUCUCAUUACUUGGUCACGCACUAUGAAGAGAGCUACCCGCGUAAGCAGACCAACACCCGACCCUGGCGUCCGGACAGCUUGACAAGGCAGCUUCAGAGGUCUGAACGGCCAAUUUCCGCCCUUCCAACCAGCUCUGGCCCGCUGCAGUACACAGAGCAUUUGCUUUUGGAAAAGCAGCAGUCACUCCUCCCAUCACUGACAGUGUACAGGUCAGCAUACCAGAGGCACCCACUUAGCGCCUUCUGCCAGAGCCGCCUUGCCAGGGCUCCGCGGAUGCUCUCCAGCCACCUCCAUGCAGCCAAUCACACCAACAAGGACCUGGAUCUGAGGCGGCGCUCGCUACUACAAAUCCCAGAUCACUGUUUGAGUCAACUUCCACAAUCACAACAGGCCUAGAGACAACAAUGUG